GUGUUGCUCCUCUUAGGUGACUUACUGAGGUUUGUGCUGAGAAGCUACCUUUUGGUUUAUUUGAAUCUUUUUUUUUUUUAUUUGUUAUGUAUUUUUGGAGCUUAAUUCUUCCCCCUCUGACCUUCUUCAGUGACUCAAUUUACUUUGCAACUCUAUAAGUAUUUAGCUGAUUCCCUUUAAACAAUUUAAUACAUAUCUCUAAACAGCAGCUGUGGAGCAUCUCCUGCCAAGCCAACAAGGAACAAUGCAUACCAUCGGUUUGGUUCUAAAACACUGUUGUUUGGUGCUGGCUAUAACUACAUCUCUCUCUGUCGGAAUCCAAGCAGAAUGCAGCAAGGACUGUGCUUCUUGCACAUAUCACUUGGGUCAACAAACUGAAAUCAACUCUCUGGCUUGCACAUUGGAGUGUGAGGGAAAGUUAUCCUCGGCCAAAGCAUGGGGUCCAUGCAGAGAGCUUCUGCAGUUGGCCAAAGUGGAUAACGUCCAGGAAGCUGAAAAAGAGCCUGAUAACAAUGACAGCCACUUUAUUGCCAAAAAGUAUGGAGGUUUCAUGAAAAGAUAUGGUGGCUUCAUGAAGAAGAUGGAUGAACUGUAUCGUCCUGAAGCAGAAGAAGAUAACAAUGGUGGAGAAAUUCUUGCUAAGAAAUAUGGAGGUUUCAUGAAGAAAGAGUUUGAUAGUGAUACUGCAGACCUCCUUAGGGAGCUUUUAGGAAGCAAUGACCCUGAAGCUAUUAGUUACCAUGACAAUAAUGAAAUACCAGGAGAGAUAAAUAAACGAUAUGGAGGCUUCAUGAGGAAUUACAGAAGAAGUCCAGAUGUGGAAGAUGAGGCAAGAGAGAUGCAUAAGCGUUAUGGUGGCUUUAUGAGAAGAGUAGGGAGACCUGAGUGGUGGCAGGAUUACCAGAAAAGAUAUGGCGGAUUCAUGAGGCGCUUUUCAGAUUCCCUUCUUCCUUCAGAUGAAGAUGGAGAAAGUUAUUCAAAAGAAAUCCCAGAAAUGGAUAAAAGAUAUGGCGGGUUUAUGAGAUUUUAAUAGCCCUUCUCUUUUCCCAACCUUCCUCAGAAAGACUGCCUCAUUGACCAUACUUUAUUGUAACGUGUUGCCUGCACUGUACAGUUUUUUACUGUCCUAGUACACAAUGCAACUUGUAAUCUGUUAUACCAGCCUCUGUGUUCUUUAUAAGUCAACAACAACAAAAAAAUCUGUUUGUCACACUUGAGUUUAUACGGUAGUUAUUAUGCUGAAAAUAUUUUUGUUACUGUAUUUUCUUUUAAACAGAACACAUCAACCAAUGCUUACUGUAUAUAAAUAAAUUCUUCAUCUUAUCUGCA